AUGGGGGUCAAGCGAGGAGAGCAACAACAUCGUGCGCACCCGAGACUGACUGGGGAGAGAGUUCGACAGCUUGCCAAGCACAAGCGAAGCAAGUCAAGGGAAAGAGCCGCAGGAGUCGAGCUCGAGUACCUUGAGACUCGUAUGGUCGGAAAAGUCGUGCGGGCUGAGGUUGACAAGCCCAAGUGGCUUUCUGAGAGUCCUAGAGGUGUGGAUCGCAGCAGGGAGACGAGCGAACGCCGUGGCUCGCGGCCAAUCUGGGAGCGAGCGCCCGGUUGCGAUCCCACUUUGGCCGCGAGCCACGGCGACCGGGUGCUCGCAACUCGCUCAGCUCGCGCUGUGUGGUCUCGCUUGUUCGUCCAGUUACUUCCACCGCUCCAAUGCCUCGAUGCCGCGCCAGCCGCGCCGCGCCCUGCCGUUGAGCAGACCUCCAACAUUGGUCCGGACUUCGACGGUUCUCGCUCGAUUCGCAGGCAGCGUGCUGGGCUAGCAAGUCGAUGCGGAUCGCUGGGGCGCGAACCUCGACUUCCUCGCUACGACUGUCGGCGCCGACAGCCGUGGCCAGCAUGUCGAGCCACGUCACCCGAGUUUCGCCGUCGUGAUUCGCCCGACAUCGGUUUCUGCCGGACGCUCGCCCGCCUCCUUCGACCCGCUCGAACGCUCAAGCUCGGCUUCACCCGCAAGAGAAGGAGAUCGAGGUUCGAGAUGAUGCUUACCCAUUCAAGCUUGCUCGGCGACUUGCUUCGCGCCGUCGCGACGCAAGCUCACGCAGACUUGCACCCCUCUGCGCAUGCUGCGCUUGCUACAACAACGAGUUCUGUCUCGCAGCAGAAGCCCACUCGGCUCGCUCCGCCUGCUCGACCUCGACAAUGA